AUCGAAAAAUCAAAGCCUAUUAAAUGUGGAACGUUUGGCGCUUCCUCUUUGCAACAGAGAUAUCUAGCUACAGGAGACUUUGGUGGAAACUUAAAUAUAUGGGAUUUGGAAGCUCCGGAACUCCCGGUGUACUCCGUGAAGGGACAUCAAGAAAUCAUAAAUAGUAUUGACGGUGUCGGCGGCUUAGGAAUUGGGGAAGGAGCACCAGAAAUUGUGACCGGAAGUCGUGAUGGCACUGUGAAGGUGUGGGACCCAAGGCAAAAAGACUUCCCGGUAGCCAAUAUGGAGCCAGCUCAAGGAGAGAGCAAGAGAGAUUGCUGGACGGUAGCCUUUGGCAAUGCUUAUAAUCAAGAAGAGCGUGUGGUCUGCGCUGGUUACGACAACGGGGACAUUAAGCUGUUCGACCUGAAGAACAUGUCACUGCGAUGGGAGACCAACAUAAAGAACGGGGUCUGCAGUGUGGAAUUUGACCGGAAAGAUAUAAACAUGAACAAGCUGGUGGCGACGUCCCUGGAAGGGAAGUUCCAUGUUUUUGACAUGAGAACUCAGCAUCCAACGAAAGGUUUUGCUUCUCUUUCAGAAAAGGCACACAAAGCCACCAUGUGGCAAGUUCGGCACCUCCCGCAGAACAGGGACAUCUUUCUGACGAGCGGAGGAGCUGGAAACCUUCAUCUUUGGAAAUACGAGUAUCCAGCCCAGCGCUCGAAGAAGGAUUCGGAAGGUAGAGAAACGGGGGUAGCCGGUUCGGUUACCCUCCUGCAGAACGUGACGUUGUCGACGCAGCCUAUUUCUAGCCUCGACUGGAGCCCGGACAAAAGGGGCCUCUGCGUUUGCAGUGCCUUUGACCAGACGGUGCGAGUCCUCAUCGUCACAAAAUUGAACAGGGUUUGACAGGAAGAGUUCCAGCAGAGAGAAGCUUCCGUAUGCCCUUCCGAGCAAGCCGUUCUUUUCAAAGGUCAAUAAAAUCGGGCUGCCGUAGGAAGAAAAUGUGGAAACAGUUGGCCAGGGCUGGUUUUUUUAAAAAUCUCUUGGCAGUGAGGAAUUGAUUUUUGUAAAACGUGCCUCGAGAUUUAGCACACGAAAACCUGUUUGCGUAGUUUGACGCUCUUGAGUGCAGAGUUCAUGAAGUCCUUUAAAUUCACAGCCUUUUCAUGUUUGUUUGUCCCUUGUUAAAUUUUUCUAUGUUCAUUUUUGCAUACCUCCAUUCCACAAGACCAUCCAGUAAUUUUGUGGCACCCUCGAAGACAGACCUGAGAAGACGUUUCUGUACCUCAAU